UCCCUCCUGUCAUAUCUCUCAUUGUUGCUGUUUUGUGGCCGAUAAUCAAGACAGUCGAGAGGAAGCAGGGAAGACUUGUCAGAGGAGGUUGUCGGCGGCGGCGGGGAAGAUGGAAAAUUUAGAGGAGGUGUUGCAAGCGCUCGAUGAGUUCCAGAAAAUGCGGCCGACGGUAAUCCCGCAGGAGUUGGAGGAUUAUCUGUGCUGGGUCGCAAAGACGGGCGAUCCCGUCUACCAGUGGCCGUUGAUCAAAACGCUCUUCAGGGAGAAGCUCACGCGCGUAAUGACAGAUUUUUACGAGAGUUGUCCCUCUCUGGAGCUGGCGACCUGUCCCAACGUGGAGCACUUCAACUACGACACGAUGAAGAGCAGCCUUCUGGAGAGAUUAGAGUCAUUUGCGAAUGCGCCCUUCACAGUCCAGCGGAUAUGUGAAUUACUGACGGCGCCGCGCAAAGAGUACAAUCGCGUGGAUAAAUUUAUGCGCGCCAUCGAGAAAAACAUUCUGGUGGUUUCGACACGUGAACCCGGGCCUAUCGCCAGACGCGGCGAGACCGGCGACGGUAUGGUGAACGGGUCCGUCGAGGAGGACACAGCCUCGAUCAUGCAGCAGCAACCACCGCCACCGCCUCUCUCAUUGUCACCGUCGCCGUCAUCGUCGCUAUCACCGUCAUCGUCGCCGUCGCCAUCGUCAUCGCCAUCGGCAUCACCGUCGCCAUCACCUUCGCUCUCACCCUCGUCCUCACCUUUGCCCUCACCCUCAUCGUCGUCAUUACCUUCACUGUCACAGCCACCGUUGCAGUCGUCACCGCAAUCACCGUCGCAACUACCACAGACAACGCAACCGGCGCAGACAGGUCAGCCAAACUCUCAGGAUGUGGAGAUGGAAUACUGGGAAAAGGACUGCACCUCAACCGUCACCAUCAGUGUGCACACCGUUGUGGAAAACGAAACGCCUCCUCUCUUGCACAGCGGCGUCAUACCGGCCGCUGGCUCACCACUGGCUAAAAGCAUAUUCACCGCGAGUGAGGCGACGCGGGAGAAGCUGGAGCAGGUCGCCUCUAGAACGGAAAUCGCGACGUCCAAUUAUGUCCCCGCUACUUCAGACUUUUCUACUAUAUCGAAUUUAACCUCGCAGGAGUCGGCGCCGACCGCCGUUCCAGUUGUGCAAAGUCUACCGGCUGCUGAAACGGUCUCCGACGAUUCGCCUGUCGGCAGCGCCGACGUGGCGGAGGCGAUCAUGAACGAGGACACGACUUCUCAACCUAAUCUAGAUUUGGAGAGCGAAGAGAUCGAACCGGCCGCAACGGCGACCACCACGACGACAACGAUGACGACAACGGCGACAACAACAGCGACAUCGUCGACGACGUCGACGUCGGCGGCAACGACGACGGUGACCGUUGUAGCGACGGUGAUACCGUUGACGACGGACACCACGCAGAAGCUGCAGGCCGCUUUCCAAGCGAAGCACUUUGAGCCCGACGAUAAUAAGUGUCUGGAAAAAUCCAACGAGAAGACACCGGUCUCGUCAACGGUGGAAGAAGGAAUUGAACAUUCCAUGAAGAAUGAAGAAACGACAUUGGCAAAAUCGAAGCCCGAGUGUGCGGAUUCCAACGAGAUGUCUCACAAUGAAAGUAGGUUAACUGAAAAUUUGCUAGAAACGGAUAUCGAGAUGAGAUCCGACGCUCUGGCGAAUGACGCGGAAAGUGUCAGCGAGGAGAGAACUGCGAAUAAACCGGAAGAGGAGGGAACAUCGGUCCUCGAAGAUGUGGAUGAAGAACAUUUACGGGUGGAGGAAGAUGCGAAAGGAGAAACGGCGGUAUUCGUCGAGUCGCAAUCCACGGAGAAGGACAGUGCAGUCACGCCUGACGAAUGCGCGGUUAUUGUAUCCAGCGGCGAGGCAUUGUACAAAGCGGAGAAGGCCGAGACGCAUCCCACGGAAACGUCGACGACAAUUUCCUUGAAGGAGAGUUUUACACAUGACCAAUCUAUAAGCCAAAAAGCUGAAAUUAUAGAAGUAAUGGAUAAGGUUCUAGAGGCCGUUCCUAAGAUAGCGUCUUCUAACGGCAACGACGACGGACAGGAAAUACAGGACACUGAAUUCAACACGGAUAAUUUGAAAAUGAUGGAAAUCAUCAACGAGAAGGUGAGUCUUACCGAGUCCGCGAUGUCGGAUCCGAUAAGCGUUAUAGAGAAACCGAAAGAAGUGACAUCCGUGAUUGAGAAACUCGAGCUCGUCUCGCCUACUGUCGAAAUGACAGAGAGCUCUGAUAACGUUGGCUAUCAGUCGCCAAAGGACGAUAAUUCAGCAGGCAUCCAGGACGACGGUUUAGCGAAUGCGCAAGGUAAUAAAAUGGCGUGCGUCAUUAAAGAGAAUCAGUCUUCUGUAAUAGAGAGUGUGGCGUGUAGAAGAGAAUCGAUGGAGUUGAUGGAAGUUGACGACGAGGAAUCACCGUCGACAUUUCAGCAAGACGAACCGAUGGAGCAGGAAACAAUGGACGAUUUGUCGAAGAGUUAAUCCCGGCUCAUUUAAUCGGUUGCAUGUCUCUUUCCCUCUGUUUGAUAUCUAUUUUUAAGGGUAGAUGUCGCGAAAUAAGAGCUAAUACGUAAGAUAUCUUCUUGCGCGUAAGAUGCUUGGUAACUGACGAACACAAUUAAGCAUAUAAUUUUUAAUAGCCGUUAAUUAUGAAUUGGAAUUCAAAUUAUGAGCAAAAAUUCUCGAUAUUGUUUGCUGCUUUAUUUAUUUCGGAUACUUCGCCGUUUAGACUGAGCUCCGGUAUUUACUUACAAAGAGAUUUAUCGAAGUGAAUUUUCUAACUCUUGGAAGAAGAAAAAAAGAACACUGCCUAUUCCCAAACGAUUGUAAUACUGAAACUGCUUGUAUAGAAAUCAGAUUUGGUAAACAUUUCAAUAUCGAUUUAUACAAAUACCAUAGAUAUCUGCUUAGAAUAAGGUUGUGCCUACAACUAUUGUGUAUAUUGCGUAUUGGACAAGUAUACCUGAUGCAUAAAUUUUUAAAUGAUGACGUAUAAGCACUACAGAUUCGAGUAUCUCGCGGUCGAGGUAAACGAAACAGCGUUCGUUCACGAUCACAGCCUUAUACUAAGUUGCGGUUGAAUCUCGAAACGCUUCACGGCUACUUCUGAGAGAACGUUCGAGAUUGAUCGAAGAUAUUAUUCCUUGCUAAAACUUUCUACAGUACGUAACGGCAUUUGGAAAUGUGUUAGAACGAUGUUACUUCGAGCAGCUGUCUACUAAAACUCCGCUACAGCUAAUUCAAAAUUGAUAUUCCAGACGUAUCGCUUGAAAUCAGUAUGUCAAUUUCAUUUCGUUUCUGUUAUUAUAUCAGUGGGCAAAAAUAGUUUCCUUCUUUUUUUACCGAGUGUUUACUGCAUAUGAAAUGUAAAGAAAAAAAGAGACUAGUAACAAACUAUAUUUUAUGAAUUACACUAGCUCUUUGUAUUUUCGUUCCUCCUAUUUUGAUAUUGUAUUUUCAGUAAAUGAAGAAUGUAGUUAAGUCGCAGAUGCGUGCGAAUCGGAACAGAAAUCUUCAAGUGGCCCAAAACUGAUAAAAUCGAUUCACCGCGGGGGCGCCCAGGAUCCCGUUAAGAUCGUUUCGAACCGCUUACAGUUUAUGUAUCGGCACAAGAUGUUUUCGAGCGGAUUCGGAUUCGAUGCGGAUCCACCGAACCGUUAUUAGAAGAAUAUCGUAGGAAUGGGAUAUUAAUUUAAGAAUUAAUAUAGAUUAAUGAUACAUGAUACACGCGAAUGUGGAUAUCUGAAAAAAAAUAGCUGUACAUUAUUUUAUAAGAAAAUAUAUAAAAAUGAUUGUCAA